AUGCAUGAAGUGCUUGACUCAGAGUCGGAGCCCCGAGUACUGGAUGAGGCGGUCGGCUCACAGGCCGCCAGACACGGAAAGAGAUUGUUUUACGGAGCAAAUAGGCAGGGAUUGAUUGUAUUGAAUGCCCCCCGAGCUAACGUGCGAACCAAUGAUAACAUACGGCUCGACGACUUCAUACUCGAGGAUAAGCUCCAACCGCCAGACUUUCAUUUGACUCAAACACCCGAUUCUCGUAUUGUUCUCCGCAAAGAGUUUCCCGAGACUUGGCUCUGGACUAAUCAAAUGGCCGGAAAUGAUGGAAGUGCUGUCAUAACCAGCCCUAUACCCGACACAAUAACUUCUUGGUUUAUUAGUGCGUUUGCUAUGGAUCAGGUCACCGGUCUUGGAAUUGCACCCAACAGUGCUAAAGUAACUGUUUUCCGUCCAUUUUUCAUCAAACUAUCGCUCCCUUACUCUAUAAUAAGAGGUGAAUCGAUUGCUCUUCAGGCGAUUGUUUUCAAUUAUUUCAAUAAACCCAUUGAAGCGGAGGUUGUGAUGGAUAAUAGGAAUAACGAGUUUGAGUUCACGAACGCCGCCAACGAAAUAGAGUUCGCGGACACCAGAAAAGUGACCGAAAAGAAGAAGUUUGUGACAAUUCCGGCCAACGAUGGCGUUUCCGUCACAUUUCUAAUUACUCCCAAAAAGAUAGGUUAUAUUGACAUUAAGAUAACGGCGACCGCACCGACAGCUGGAGACGCGGUGCUCAAGAAACUGUUGGUCAAACCUGAGGGUCAAACCCAAUACUUUAAUAAAGCGGUUCUCGUCGAUCUCAAAGAUCCCAACAGUUCUGCUGUCAAGAAAAAUAUCUCAAUCGUUAUCCCGAAUAACGCGGUUCCGGGCUCUGAAAGAGUGACCAUUUCAGGCAUUGGAGAUAUUAUGGGACCGACUGUUAAUAAUUUGGAUGAUUUGCUUCGUAUGCCUUAUGGAUGUGGCGAACAGAAUAUGCUAAAUUUUGUGCCCAAUAUUGUUGUAUUGGAUUACUUGAGUCGAACCAAUCGCUUGACUCCAGCCAUCAAAUCAAAGGCCAUCUCAAACAUUGAGAGCGGAUAUCAGAGGGAAUUGACUUAUAAGCGAGAAGACGGCUCUUUCAGUGCAUUCGGCAAUAACGACAAAAGUGGCAGCACUUGGUUAACUGCGUUUGUGGUCAAGUCGUUCAUUCAGGCUAAACCACUGGUCGAUAUCGACCAAAAAGUUAUCGACACAUCCAUUGAUUGGCUAAUUAAACGCCAGAAAGCGGACGGAAGUUUCAGCGAACCCGGAGAAGUGCACCACAAGGCUAUGCAGGGCGGCUCCACUGGAGGCUUGACUGUACUCACGGCCUAUGUUCUCAUUGCUAUACUUCAGGACAAAAACGCCAAAAGAGACCGAAGGGCUGAGAUAUCGAGAGCGGAAAGUUUCAUAUGGAAUGGAUUCGCUUCUUCGCGAAAUCCAUACGAUUUAUCGAUUAUCACAUACGCCUUGCAGUUGACUGACAGUCCAUUCCGUGACAACGCCUUCAAUCGACUCAUGGGUUUCGCCAAAAAGAGUCGCGACUAUAUGUGGUGGGAAGAGGACAGAGAAGAGUUGGCCAAUCAGACCGACAAACAGUCGGCGCACUUCUUCUACCCUCACUCUAACGACAUAGAGAUGACUUCAUACGCGUUGUUAACAUUAGUGGCCAGAAGUGAUUUGGAAAACGCGGUUCCAGUGCUUCGUUGGCUAAUAUCCAAACAGAACUCGAACGGAGGCUUUUCGUCCACUCAGGACACUGUGAUCGGUAUACAAGCGUUGGGAGGAUUAGCGCAACGGAUCUCCACCACAACCGUCUCAUUGAAUGUUAAAUUCAAUUACAAAGCGGAUGACAAACGCGACUCCAAAGACAUGAAUAUUGAAAGCAAUAACGCGAUUGUCUUACAGCGCAUAGAACUCCCGCUUUCGACCAAAUAUGUUGAGGUGGAGGCGAGUGGGUUCGGCGCCGCCAUCUUACAGGUCUCGUGGCAGUACAAUCUGGCCGUCUCUGCUGAACAGCCGGCCUUCUUCUUGAAUCCCAUUAUCGAUAAGACUUCGACAGAGAAUUAUCUUCAGCUCAGUGUUUGCACACAUUACAAAGAGGGAAAUGCGACAAAUAUGGCAGUAAUGGAAGUGGAACUGCCGUCGGGUUAUGUGGCAGAUGUGGAGGCAUUGCCGAGCGUUACCCGCGCUAAAGAAAUCAAACGUAUUGACACCUCUAAAGGCGAUACUAAUGUCAUCAUAUAUUUCGAUAGAAUAACAAGAGAUGAGAUCUGUCUGACAGUUCCGGCCCACAGAACCCACAGAGUGGCUAACAAUAAAGCGGUUCCCGUCACUGUAUAUGACUAUUACGAUAGGCAACAAACAUCUCGCAUAUUAUAUGAACCAAAACUCGUUACCUUCUGCGAUUUAUGUGAGACAACAGCCGAUGAACCGGUCUGUCAGAAGUGCUCUCAGACGCGGGGCUCCGGAACUGAUUACAACAACGAGUUAAUUCAGACUUCGGAUUCAUCGGACGCCCGAUUGAGAGCCGCGACAAAGUGGACACUUGUGAUGGCAGCGAUCGUAUCCGUAAAGUUGUAUCAAUUCUGGUCAUAAGUCCCUAUCGAGUGCUUCAAAACCUCUAUUUAUAUGAAUUGAAUCACUAAAUAGUCUAUUGUAUAGUUCAUUAACUCCUGUAAUCACUGCACAAAUAAUAUUAUUGUCAAUUAAUUAUUUUUCAA